GGUAGAAGAACAACAAUACUGUAUGCUUAAUGCCAUGUCCUAUGAACACUUGAAGUAUCUUGAUCCUGAAUCUUCCCCUAAAAGUCAUGGGGAUAUGCAUCCAAAUAAUCUCAAGAAAAGCUUUGAUACAGAAGUAGACAUGCAGUCACAUCCUCAUGGAGGCUUUCUUGAAACAUUAUCAUUUCCCAGGGAUAAAAAUUUAGAUGUGCAUUCCCAUCAGCAUGAGUUUGCAGAGCAACGAAACUGUCUUGAAUCUCAUAUUUCUGAUACAAUUAUUGCUAACAAAGAUGGUUUCACCAACAACUAUGACAGUGAUGAUAUUUGCAUAUCUGAAGAUGAAGUUGCUUGUACCAAUCUUGGAUCUCAUGUUUCUGACACAGUACUUGCUAAUAAAGUUGGUUGCACCAAUCAUUCUACUGUUAGCCCUUUUAAGAAAUGUAUUGCAUCCGGGGAUUCCCAUUCUUGCUCAAACACUGAUAAUAACUUAGAAUCAGUUGAAGGCACAACCACUUAUGAGGAUCAACUUUCAAAUUGUUGUUCGGCUGAUCCAACAAACGGUUGCUUAGAUCCUGGAAAUGCUUACACAGGAAAGUUUCCAACUGCAUGCAAGCUUAAACGGAAGCAUACUGAAAGUAAACAUCCUGCAGAACACCCACAAAUGGCCAGUUCUAGUAUAGAUAAAAAUUCGAAACUAUCUACUCAGGUUUGUCAGGCAAAAGUUACCAUAGACCCUAAUGAGACUGCUAAAAGAUUGAAAAAAAGAAGAAAAGGUUCUCCACCUCACUGCAAUUUAGAGUGUCAUAAUCUUUCUCAAUCUCUACCCAAAUUUAGCACAGGCUGCACCUCUGUUCAACAUUUUUCUGCAAGUGCAAUAGCAUUUUCAGAGCGGCAGAUGCAUGACAUUGAGUCACUUGCAGUGAAGCUCAUGAAAGAGUUGAAUUCCAUGAAGGACAUAGUAGAAGGACAGUUGCAAUUUCAAGCAUGUAGUAGUGCUUCACUGAAAAAUGAAGUAGAUAAGGUGAGAGUCGCAAUACACAAUGCAAAUAAAGCUGAAGAAAAAGCUAAAAGAUUGCUUUAUAUGAUGAAUAGGGACUGCAUCCGAUUUUGUAAACUCAUGGAAAUUAGUCAGAAUGAUGCUGCUCCUUCCAAGGACACUGCCCACAAAGCGAGAAAAAUUACAUUUGCUGAUGAAGCAGGCGGUGUUCUCUGUCAUGUGAACUAUAUCAGUGAUGCCAUGAUCUCUAAGCAGUCUGAUGAUGGAAAACAAGAAAAUUAAAAUGUAAAUAUGAAGGGAUGGCUCAUUUUGGAAUUAAUCUAUAUCUAUUAUCAAUUUAUCAUAAUAGAUAAUUCUCCGAGGCUCUCUACAUCGUACUGACCUGAAGUAAGUUUUGAUCUAUUAUUCUCUGUACAGGAAAAAAAACACAGCUUGCCUUAUUCUUGUUUACUUUCCACUGCAUCAAUUUUGAAGUGCAGUCUGGCACUGCUGACUGAAAA